UUAAAGAUAUAGUUUAACUGCCGGGGUAAAGACGUGUGGUGGAAUGAUGUUACAGAAUAGCUCUUCUUACCGGCAGGGUAGCGACAGCAUUCAGCUUACAUAGCGGUUAAUAGUUACGUCACAUAUUUCGCUCAGCUGCCACUGCACCAGCCUCUGUCCAGCUUUCUUACACGCCUUUAAAUUAUGUCAACACAUCUCGGGCGAUUUCUCAGAGGCUUCCGAAGCCUCGGUUCAUCGCCGCUCGUGAGGACUCAUCCAUCCGCCCGCGUUUCUUCCAGACCCGCCUCUGUUCGGGCCAUAGCGACAUUCCCUCUGUCUAUCUUCUCCAAGUCCCGGGACUACAGCCUGCCUAACUCGUCAUGGGGUCCAGAAAUGAUGCAGCUGUAUGAGCAUUAUACCAGCCAAUGUGAAGUUGAGACAGCAGCCGGAGAGAAAGUAGGGGGGCCGUGGAAAAGGCUGCCGAGCUACAAUCGCUCCCUCAAGUAUGCGACAGGUGGGGUGUAUCUCAGUAAGAUAAUCCAGUCCAAAGCUCGUCUGUUUACACGCAACAUCAGAGAAGUGGGAGCGGCUUUUGAGUAUGUUCUCUUCGUUAACGAGAAGGAACAGAGGUGUUUGUGCCUUUUCCAGGCUGGACACCUACUGGAGGGUCCACCAGGAAAUGUCCACGGGGGGGCAAUAGCCACUAUGAUUGACACAGUGACGGGAACCCAUGCCACCAUACUCUCAGGGCCUGUGAUGACUGCCAACCUCAACAUCAACUACCGCAGCCCCAUUCCCCUGGGGAGCACGGUGUUGAUCGAAUCCGCUCUGGAAAAGAAGGAAGGCAGGAAAACAUUUGUUACUUGUAAAGUGACCAGCACCAACGGAUCCAAGGUGCACACAGAAUCAACAGCUCUGUUCGUAUCGAUUAAUGUCAGCCAUCUACUGCUGGGACAAUGACGCAGAAGCAUCAGCCUGCCAUCCGCUCAAACAGUGUCGGCAAGAGGAUGCCAAAACGAGUGUGCGAGUGCUUGUUUUGGUGUGUGAAUGUGAGUUUCUAUUUAUUUUACAGGCAUCUAAGAGAAAAUUCUCUAAACCUUACACUGUGGAUAUUUUUCAGUGCAUGCCGACAUUUUAUUAACAGUGAUAUUAUUUAAUUUUACUGCCUUUUUCUUAAUACAUUCUAUUGUUACAUAAUGUUAACAGUACUUCAGUUUUAUUUAUUAAACAAUAUUUGAACACUUACAUAUCAACUUUUACAGUAUUUAUGGUUUUUUGUUUCUCUGGGGCCUUUUAAGAACAAGUUAUCAUUGAAAUUGUAUUGUG